AUGAACCGGAUCCCGUCCGUCUCGCUGCGGGGCGACGCGGCCGAGGCGGGCGCGGCGGCGGCGCCCGACCCCGCGGCGCUGGCGCGGUGGGCGCGGGCCUUCUGCAUCAUCCGCUUCGACCUGGAGCGCGGGCAGCUGGUGGAGGCCUGCUUCCCGCCGGACGCGCUCGCCCACGGCGGCCUCGACCGCCUCGUCGCCUUCUCCUCCUUCCCGGACUCCAUGUCCCACCACCUCCCGCGCCACCGCUCCUCCGUCCACGACUCGCUCUUCUCCUUCCGUCUCCCGGACCCAUCCCCUUCCGCCGCGGGCUCCCGCCGCGGCUUCCUCUACGGCUUCGUCUUCAACCGCCAGCGACAGGACGAGCGCCUCCCCCGCGGCGGCGAGCAGAAGUCCGUUGUCAUACUCUCACACGCGCCCUACUCUUCCCUCUUCCGCCUGCUGCUGCAGAUCCUUGGCCCCCUCUGCUUCGACAUAGGCCACAACGCGCUGACAAUGGUGGCGUCGCACGUUGCCGCCUGGCCGGCACCGUCACCAGGGUGCCCCAUGGAGCUCCCCAUUGGCAGCGCCGCGCUGCGGGUGCACCUUCCGCCCGCGGCCGACGACCCUGGGCCGCCGCCUGCGCUGUUGCCGGCGAACCCCUCGGUGCCGUAUGGGCUCUUCCACGAUGCUGAUCUGUUUGCUGCAUUUCGUGGCUUGCUCCUCCACCUGUGGACUCUCUGGGAACUCAUGGUUGUUGGUGAACCCAUACUGGUUGUGGCGCCAUCACCACCUCAGUGCUCCGAGGCUGUGGCUGGGCUUGUUAGCCUUGUUGCUCCAAUCUUGUAUAGUGUGGACUUCAGGCCGUACUUUACUAUUCAUGACCCGGACUUCGCUCGCCUUAAUGCACUUGCAGAAGGUGAGGUGUUCCCACCGAUGGUGCUCGGGGUGACGAACUUGUUUUUCCUGAGGAGCCUUAAGAGUGUUCCAAAUGUGGUGUCCGUGGGAAGCCCGAAUCCAGAUUCUACUAGGGUGCUCCCAGCAGGUGGGCAAUCACCAACAUCAGCAAAUGGAUCCAAUGGGACACCUGUGAGGUUCAAACUUGAAAAACUUGCAAUCAAUAAGUUUUCGCCCACUGGUCUAUUGAAUUCAAUCAAGUUGAGAAGAGAAGGCCCUCUUUCCCUCAUGACAGAGCAUAAAGAGGCGCUAUGGAGCACAUAUGUGCCAACUACAAAGCCCGACACCUCUGUUCUAAAUAGACUCAUUGAUGCCGGUGUGUCUCCGAGAAUUGAGGAGUCCAUGUCAGUCGUCAACAAUGAGAUAUUGAGGCGGCAUUUCUUGGAGUUAACGACCAACUUCCUUGCGCCUUUUGGGCCAUAUCUGAGAACUACAACACCACUGGAAGGGAGUUCUCCAUUUGUUGAUCCACCAUUACUUCCACCAUUUCACGCAGAUGAGUUUGUCAAUGGUUUGGCUUCUAGAGGUCCAGGGAAAUUUUUGUCGAAAAGGAUGAAGUCCAAUUGGUUGGAUUUAUAUAGAAAAUUCUUGGAAGGCCCUAACUUCAUGCCUUGGUUCCGACAAAGACGUUCUGCUGCAGAGCAAGAUCAGAUAAGGUUAUGGAGGCAAGCUCGCAUGAAUGUUGAUAUUGAGAAGUUAAUGUCAAAGAUGUCUGAGUUGGAGAGGAUUGAUUCUUUUAAUGUUAUUGAGCGGUAUCUUCUCAAAGAGAUGGAGAAUUCUCGGACAGGUACUGCUGAAUCAAUAGCAGCAUGCCAGAAACUGAAGGCAGAUCUCCAAGCAGCAUUCAGUGUCCUCCCAAAGGACAUGCAGCAGCUGCUGGUUUCCAACCCUAAACGAGCCGUGCUUCUUCAAGCCAGCCAAGAAAAGGUCUCAGGACUUGGGGACGUUGUCUCCCAGACAAGUUUGUAG